UCCACUUCAAGCUGAAAAUACCAUAGUCGACCCAGAAACCUCUGUGCUUGGGAAUUACAGAGGGAUGGGGUAAGGCAGUUCUGUGGCUCAGUGAUUCAGGGCACUGCAAGAACGUCGCAUGCUGAUGCUGUAAGCCAAGCCAAAUGAAAGUCUUGAAAUUUGGAGAGCGACCUCAACCGAAACGGCUCACCAGGGAAGCAAUGCGAAAUUACCUUAAGGAGCGAGGUGAUCAAACAGUACUAAUACUCCAUGCAAAAGUUGCUCAGAAAUCAUAUGGAAAUGAAAAAAGGUUCUUUUGUCCCCCUCCAUGUGUGUAUCUUAUGGGCAGUGGAUGGAAGAAAAAAAAAGAGCAAAUGGAACGGGAUGGCUGCACUGAGCAAGAGUCACAACCCUGCGCCUUCAUUGGAAUAGGAAACAGUGACCAAGAAAUGCAGCAGCUGAACUUGGAAGGAAAGAAUUAUUGCACUGCCAAAACGUUAUACAUAUCAGAUUCAGACAAGAGAAAGCACUUCAUGCUAUCAGUAAAAAUGUUCUAUGGCAAUAGUGAUGACAUCGGUGUGUUCCUCAGUAAACGAAUCAAAGUCAUCUCCAAGCCUUCUAAAAAGAAGCAGUCGCUGAAAAAUGCAGACUUAUGUAUUGCAUCAGGGACAAAAGUGGCACUAUUUAAUAGACUUCGAUCCCAAACAGUUAGCACCAGAUAUUUGCACGUAGAAGGCGGUAAUUUCCAUGCCAGUUCACAACAGUGGGGAGCAUUUUACAUUCACCUCUUGGAUGAUGAUGAAUCGGAAGGAGAAGAAUUCACAGUGAGAGAUGGCUACAUUCAUUAUGGGCAGACUGUCAAACUUGUGUGCUCCGUUACUGGCAUGGCACUCCCAAGACUGAUAAUUCGAAAAGUAGAUAAGCAGACAGCAUUAUUGGAUGCAGAUGAUCCAGUAUCACAGCUCCAUAAAUGUGCAUUUUACCUUAAAGACACUGAGAGAAUGUAUUUGUGCCUUUCCCAGGAGAGAAUAAUCCAAUUUCAAGCCACUCCAUGCCCAAAAGAACCAAAUAAAGAAAUGAUUAAUGAUGGAGCUUCUUGGACAAUCAUUAGCACAGAUAAAGCAGAGUACACAUUUUAUGAGGGGAUGGGACCUGUCCAUGCUCCAGUGACACCUGUGCCUGUUGUAGAAAGUCUUCAAUUGAAUGGCGGCGGGGAUGUAGCAAUGUUGGAACUUACAGGACAGAAUUUCACUCCAAAUUUACGUGUCUGGUUUGGGGAUGUGGAAGCCGAAACUAUGUACAGAUGUGCAGAGAGCAUGCUAUGUGUUGUUCCAGAUAUUUCUGCAUUUCGAGAGGGUUGGAGGUGGGUCCGUCAACCAGUCCAAGUUCCAGUAACUUUGGUCCGUAACGAUGGCAUAAUUUACUCCACCAGCCUUACCUUUACAUACACACCAGAACCAGGGCCACGACCACACUGCAGUGCUGCUGGAGCAAUCCUCAGAGCCAACUCAAGCCUCAUGGCUUCCAGUGAAACAAAUGCAAACAGCGAGGGAAGUUACACAAAUGUCAGCACAAAUCCAACCAACGUCACAUCAUCUACAGCAACUGUAGUUUCCUAACUACCGUUGUUUGUUUGGACUUUAACUGACUUUCAAGUGCUACGUUCAAGAGAACUGAACAAUUUUUGUGGUUUCAUGGGAAAACACCUUUCCAUUUUAGGUGAUGAUAUUUCGAACCUGGUUACCUGCAAGUGCUAAUCUUAAAUAUAGAAGCCACAAUAAAAAAAAAAAAAA